UUACAUAAAUGGGGAAAAUUGGAAAAUUACAGAAGAGCAGAAAGCACAAAAAGUUAAAGAAUGUAGGUUCUGAAUAUGCCAGUGAGUACAGAGGGAAGCCUUCCAAUUUAGCACCAACAAGUAUUGAACAAGAUGUACCCAAGAAAGUGAAAAACAUCAUAAAAUUUCAAGGAAAAACACCUAGACAAAUACAGAAAGAAUACAUACAAAAUAACAGCAAGAAAGGAAAGAAACCAAUUUACAUGGAGCGGGGAAUGACAAGACCUAUGGCUGAGGCUCCAAAAUUUGUACAAGGAAAGAGAGAAAAGACUAAAGAUUUUAUGAAAAGAGUUGAAGUAGAGACAAGAAAAGUCCUACACCGACACCAGUUGUCCCAAAAAUUUAAGAUGGAUAUGGAUGCAUUAGAAGCGGGAGAAAUUAAAAGACACAAGAAAAAGAUCACCGAAAAGCAAAAAGAGAGAUUACAACAGAAAAAGCAAAGAAGGUCUGAAAAGAAAAGAAAGAACUUGAAUGAAUUUGAUGAUUUUGAAGAUAGAGUAAAGUUUGGAGAGGUGGCUAAUGAGCCACCAUCCCUCACAGCUCUACCCAGAAAAGCCGUCAAGGAGGAAUCUGUGCCCAGGCCUGGGAAAAAAUCCCUACUCCUGAAGGAGAUUAUUGCAGACAAUGCUGCUGUUACCCCCUCAAGUGUAGGAUCAUCAUCCAAGCGUGAAAUUGGACAAUCAAUAAAGCGUAAACAUAUGUCACUGGCACAACAAAGUAUUAUGGACAGAGAAAGAGAGAAUGCAAUAAUGUUAUAUAGACAGCAAAGACAGAAAAAAUUAAAAACCUUCUGACACAAUGUAGUUU